CUGCAAGUACAGCCCUACUCUGUUACCUCGUGCGAGGAGAAGGGAAACAUGAGUUUCAGAGCGUCCAGAUUGUCUCCCUAGGUUUCUAGUAAACCUCGGGCGACCUUAAAUCGAAAUACCUGCUAUUUUCACCAUCCCAGGUCGUCCACUACUAUAAUAAAUAUCGGUUAAGACAGUGUGUGUUUUGUUGUUUAAAGGUCACUUGUAUGAUAUGAUAGAUGGCGUUUCGAUAGGUUCACCACUAAGGCCCUAGCUGGAUAAUAUCUUUUUUUAUCAUCGUUACGACGUGUAGCUGGUUAACUGAUCUUCUGAUUUUACACCCGCGUUCUACAAAAGUGCAGGUUUUGAUGAGAAUAUAAAGACAUAACCAUGGAAGUAUUAAAGAUAAAGGCUGAACCAUUUUGUGAUGAGAAGCAGGAGGCUUUGUUAAAUAUCAAAUUGAUGAAAAAUGAAGAUAAAACUUUUACAUUACCAAGUAGAGAAGGAGGUUCCUUACAAGAAAGAUCUUUACAUACCAUUUUGAAGUCUGGUCUAGUAAAAGAGGAACAAGAAGAGCAGUAUGGAGCAACAGAGAAAACUGAGAAUACAUUUAUCAAAGUGAAAACAGAAUGGCCUGGUGAUCUACAACAAAAUGAGGUUAUUUCAAAGUUCAAUGAAUGUAGUGAUGAUGAUUUGGAUAGUUCAAAAUAUGAUGUUAUCAAAGUGAAAACAGAAUGGCCUGAUGAUCUACAACAAAGUGAGGUUAUUUCAAAGUUCAAUGAAUGUAGUGAUGAUGAUUUGGAUAGUUCAAAAUAUGAUGUUAUCAAAGUGAAAACAGAAUGGCCUGAUGAUCUACAACAAAGUGAGGUUAUUUCAAAGUUCAGUGAAAGUAGUGGUGAUGAUUUGGAUAGUUCAGAAUAUGACAUCAAAGUGAAAACAGAAUGGCCUGAUGAUCUGGAUAGUUCACAGUAUGGUGUUAUCAAAGUGAAAACAGAAACUGAAUUCCAAGAAGAUUUACGAUGUGUUGAACCUAGGUUGGAAAGUAUAUUUGGAGAAGGAGGUUCCUUACUAGAAAGAUCUUUACAUAUCAUUUUGAAGUCUGGUCUAGUAAAAGAGGAACAAGAAGAGAAGUAUGGAGCAACAGAGAAAACUGAGGUAGUUUGUAAACUAAAGAAUGUACAAUUUUGUUAUUGAAGUGAUCAUAUAAAUGUAAUGAUGUCUUUUUGGGUUUAGUUUGACUAGAACUGAAUCAUUGUUCAAAUGUUCGAAGUCACAAUAUUAAGAAAUUCACAACAACUUUAGUAAACUUUUCCCUACUGCUGUUUCACUGUUAUUGUAUCAUUAAUGAUAGAAGUCCACAGACAUUACUGUUCUUAUGAAAUGGGAAGAAAUUUUCUAACUGAGUAGUUUAUUUUCAACAAAUGGAGAUUAGUAAAUUAGUAUUUCAACAUGUACAGAGAAUGUACUGCUGUGAGUAGUGGUUGAAACCAGUUUCUGUAGAUUAGUAUUUCAACAUAUACAGAGAAUGUACUGCUGUGUGUAGUAGUGGAACCAGUUUCUUGAAAUUAGUAUUUUAACAUGAACGGAGAAUUAACUGCUGUGAGUAGUGGUUGGAACCAGUUUCUUGAAAUUAGUAUUUUAACAUGUACAGAGAAUUAACUGCUGUGAGUAGUGGUUGGAACCAGUUUCUUGAAAUUAGUAUUUUAACAUGUACAGAGAAUUAACUGCUGUGAGUAGUGGUUGGAACCAGUUUCUUGAAAU